UACAACACUAGUACGAAGGCUGCACAAUGUACUUGCCGAAUGUUUGAAUCAUUGGGCAUCCUGUGCUCUCACAUCAUUGUUGUUCUAAAGAAUGAUGGAUGUAAUGAAAUUCCUAGCCAAUAUGUGUUGCAUAGGUGGUCUAAAAUGGCUGCACGACAUCUUUCUUAUGAUGCUAAUGGACAUGAGCUAGAAGGGUCAUCUACAUCUCUUUCACCUACCAUCAAGAAAUUGUACUCAGAAACAUGCUCGAUGUUCAGCUCGGCAUUGCAUACAGCUAAGCAUUGUGAGGACAAGAUGAAAUACUUUCACAAAGUUAUUUCUGAUGCUCUUGCGCACUUGAGGCAGACGAUGCCGCUUGACGAGCAAAAUAAAGUUCAAGAGUUUGAAUCCUUCAUUGGAACGACAUUCCCAAGCAUCAUCAAUAUUCAUCCACCGGAGGUUGCAAACACAAGGGGCAGUGGUAAGAGAUUGAAGAGGGGUUCAGAGGAGGCCAUGAACAAAAGGAAAAGAGGAAAUAGUGUCCAGAAAGGUCCAAGGUCUGUAGAUUGUUCUAUUUAUCAGCACACCCAGCCCAUGGGAGCGGAUAUCAUUCAUUUGGCGCUAAAUCAUGAAUGACAAAUGCCUUCUGUUCAUGUGCUAUCCAAUGUUGGAGGCUUCUGCUACAACUUCAACACCUAGUUGAAUAUGUUGGUGCAAUAUGUGUACCUGCUACCUCAUUGGGCUAUAAAUCACAUCUGAGUUGCAACUCUAGUUAUGCGCUUCAUAGUAGAUUUUAUGUGUACUGUCAUUAGUGCUUCUAGAAAGCAUUCAUGAUAUUUUGUAUAAAAAGGUGUGUAAGAGCAUAAUAUUGUUGUACUGUUAGCUUUUAAAUGCCAAGAUAGAUUUGAAAGUGCUGGAAUGCAUUGCCAA